UUACGACACUAACUCUGUUAAAUGACGAACAAUUACAAGAGAUAUCAGCAAACAUUUCCUUUAUGAACAGUAUUACGUCAAGGCUAGAAUCAAAAGCAGCAACUAUCAUGCAGCUGGGUAUGUUCGUUGCAGAUUACAUAUACAAACGUAUCAAUGGAAAGUUUCUGUUUACUGUAUCAACUUAUGCGUGCAAAAGAGAGGAGUUCUUGAAGAUUUUUACCCAGCUUGAUACCCAGCUUCAAAAAGUCUCCUCAUCACGUCCUGUGGAAGCCGCCAUAGACGAAUUACUAAAUUAUUCAAAGGCUAUCAAGAUAUCAGAUAGUACCGACACUGAAGUGGCAGUGCCAAUGACCCCUUUGAUGGUCGAAAUGGAUUAUGACUCUGACAACGAAGAUUCCGAUCUCGAUGAUCCGUCUGUAGAAAGGAAGCCAACUGUUGCCAAACCUGUGUUCUUGAAGGACUUACUACAUUACUUCACUUCUGAUCCGCAAAACGAUAAGACUACUUAUGAUAAAAGAGGAAUUGCCUUCAGUAUCGGCAUCGAGAUGGUAAGAAUAAAAAAGGAUACCCCUGAGAUGAAGUAUUAUUCCACCAAGCUGCUGGACUCAGCUCUCGAUCUGGACGGAGUAGGGUUCCCUUUGAAAGAAGAUGAAAUUUUCGAUGAGGAUCAAAUCAAAGUGGCGUUCGAUUCAUGGAGGUUGUCCUUUAUGAUCGCCAUAUGCACUAGCGAGCCUGAUGUCAUAUUCAAAUAUCUCUUGGAGAACUUUAUUAAACAAGACUGGAGUGUUCCCACAAGAAUACAGGUUCUCACCUGUAUAGGUUUGAGUUGCAGAGAGCUUUGCGGUAAGGAAGAUAAGUUUAUUUGGGGUAAAACAAACCUUGAUAAAGCGGCAGGCAAAAAGCUCCCAGGUCCAGGACAUGAUCUUUUUUUAAAUCUAGAUCUGGGCCAUGGCCAAGAUCAAACAAAGAAAAUCGUGGAUAUAGACCAGGAGAAUCGAGAAACACAGCUGGUUGAGGCAUUCGAGUCGGUGGGGAUCGGCAAGGGGAAAGUUGUACGGAAAUCUCGGAAGCUAGCCAUAGAUAAAAAAUCUAGAGACUCCGAGUUGGCACAGGGUAAGACUAUGCACACCUCGUUCAUCAACAAAAAGCUCCCUCCAUUGUAUUACACCUUGUCAGCAAUUUGGCAGGAAGUCAAUUCCCAAACCUAUGGAGCGGGUUUCAAUGUAGGUACAUUGUCUGAAUAUUUGAAUUCCCAUUUUCUCGACAUCCUAACGAUGGUCUAUUCGUGCGGAGUGCCGUCAUGUAUAGAGCUUGUCGAUAUGUCGAUUGAGCUGAUUGCCGUACUUUCCGGUCAAUUACAGGCUAUAAGGACACAUGCAGGCGACGAGUUUCCUCGUUUAUUAUUCAAAGCUGUUGUCAACGGAAUCCGUCUACUUCUGACUGACAACGAACGUACUCUCUCCGUCUUGCGGUCAACUGCAAUGCUAGAAAUCUCGAUGUUAACGGAAACGCUUGCCCACAUUGUGAACGAGUCCCCGCCACUUGAAGAGACCGAGAAGACCAUGACUGCGAUGGUUCUCCAGCAGUUGCAGGGAUACCUUUACAACAUAUGACCGUAAUUCUUCAUGUAUUAACUCUUUGUAUGAAUGUAAACAAAAACACGGCCGUUUUCAUUUUCGGUGCUCGCCUUAAUUUACUUGUUGAUCCUCACAAAAUGGUGCUUUGGGGCUCCCACCCGUACUUCUUA